AUGGUUGGAGGAAGACACCGACUUCUCAGCACCGGCAACACCAAGGGCAAUAUCAACAGUUACGGCGAUCCCGAACAGUUCACAAAGUACCAGCGUGUAGACCUGGAAAGCGGAUAUGGAGCUACCAACAAGAUCAAGCCGAGGCAGCGGUUUCGCGACGCCAUCGAGCAGACGUUGAGGGACAACCACGCGAGUGGCCUAAAGCGCAAGUUGAUCGAUAGCAUCGACCAUGAUGCGCUUGAAGUGUACAGGAAAAGCGAAGAAAGCCUCAAAAGCAUAAAGAAUAAGGAAAUACGCAAAUUCUAUGAAGAACAAAACGAACGCAUCGAUGACUGGGCUGAGGUGGACAUGGUCGUGACCUCACUCGCCGACGAUAUUGUUGACAGCAUGAACCCCCGGGAUACUGAUCACGACGGUGUAGCUGAGGACAGAGGGCCCUUGGGUCUCAGCGGAGAAGAUUUGGAGCCAUUCCUACCCGAAGAAGAGCGUGAGAAACGGCGAAAGGCAGCCAAGCACGUGAAGUGGGCCAUCAACAUCAAUGUCCUGGUCAAUAUUCUCCUACUCGCUGCCAAAGGCGUCGCAGCCAUUUGGUCAAACUCACUAUCCUUGAUCGCGUCUCUCGUUGACUCCGCUCUUGACUUGCUUUGCACAAUCAUCAUCUGGACUACGAACAGGUUGGUGGGCUGGCGUCUGCAGGCCCUGAAGAAGAGAUUCCCUAUCGGUCGCAAGCGUUUCGAGCCCAUUGGCAUCCUCGUCUUCUCCAUCAUCAUGGUGAUUUCGUUUCUCCAAAUCCUUCAAGAGUCAGUGAAGAAGCUGCUCCCCAGCGGUGACCACAGCGUAGCUAUGCUCCCACCUGCAGCCAUCUUCUCAAUGGUAUCCACCAUUGUUGUCAAGGGAACAAUUUGGAUUGGAUGCGCCAGGGUCAAGACAACACAAGUGCAGGCCCUUGCACAAGAUUGCAAAACAGAUGUUUACUUUAAUACCUUGUCCCUUCUGUUUCCCCUCAUUGGUGCCCAGGUCAAUGUCUGGUGGCUCGAUCCUGUGGGUGCUGCCUGCCUUUCACUCUACAUUAUCUACGACUGGGCAUGCACCUGUCUUGAAAAUGUUGCUCGUCUUACUGGAGAAGCUGCCGAUACUCGCACAGAGCGUAAGAUGAUGUUCAUGGCGUACCGCUUUGCACCACUUGUUCAAGGGUUUAAGAGCAUCAAGGUCUACCACGCUGGUGACGGCGUUUGUGUAGAGAUUGAUGUGCUCAUGAAAGAGAACACUCCGUUAAGGACAUGUCAUGACAUUGCAGAAACCCUGCAAUAUUGUCUUGAGGGGUUGAAGGAGGUAGAUCGUGCCUUUGUUACAAUGGAUUACACGGACCAAGGCCCCACAGGUCACGCAGAGAACUAA